AUGCAGAUUCAGCAUUCGAAUGGUUUCAAUCCGAAUGAUACCAAAUAUAAAUCCUGUUGUUGUCAUGCGAAAACAUUCACAAUAAUUCUAGGCAUUUUGGAAAUAUUUUCGAUUUGCUUUAUUUUGGUCACAGUGCUACCCGAUUUGAACAUUCGUAUAUGUGAAAUACAUUCUUCAAAUGAGACCACAAGAAUUUCUACAUUACUGAGUCUUGGCGCCAUUUUGGGCUACCUGAUAUACUCAUUGGCGACGCGAAAAUUGAACGUGGUUGGACCCUACGUUACCGGUGUCUGUCUGAUUUCCUUGUUUCUUGUCUUCUGGGUUUACACACUGUAUAUCGAGAUUCGAUGCGCACAUUUUAUUAAGAGGUCAAAAGAAACUGGAUUCUCAAUAAGUGUCGCGAGACCGAUUGGGCCUGCAACGAUAUCCUUGAGUGAAAGGGAGCCAAUUCCAAUACCGAUAAGGCAGCUUCCACCAUUACGCCAUACCAGACAACAAUAUAUUCUCAACGAAACCAAUGCGAGUAAUACGAACAAGCUAGAUGAUUGA